GCCGGCCGAGCGCACCCCCCCACAGUCACGGCUGCAUGAUUGUGCCCGCCAGCCGGCCCCCGGGACGUGACACAUCGCACGGCCAAAGCCUGGCACUUUUGAGCCUGACUGCCUUCUUGCCGUGUUGUUCGUGAGGCCGGCAGCUUUGCAUCCGGAGGCGGAGGAUGGGGGCACUGCACGUCGGCGAGCCAAGGGUCAGCUUCCAGCAGAUGCAGGUCGCCAAGAACGGGCACGGCUCCGUCGUCGAGGAGAUCCACGGCCUGAUACGCGUCUACAAGGAUGGCCACGUCGAGCGCCUCCCUGCGAUCCCCGACGUGCCCUCCACGUGGGGCGGCACGGCGCCAGGCUGCGUCGUGGCGAGGGACGUGGUGGUCGACUGCGCCACGGGGGUGUGGGCGCGGCUGUACGCGCCGACGACGUCGUCCGUAGGAGGAGGGAGGCUCCCCGUCGUGGUGUACUUCCACGGCGGCGGCUUCUGUGUCGGCUCCGCCGCGUGGAGCUGCUACCACGAGUUCCUCGCGCAGCUCGCCGCGCGGGCGGGCUGCGCCGUCAUGUCCGUGAACUACCGCCUCGCGCCGGAGAACCGCCUGCCCGCCGCGUUCGACGACGGGCUUGCGGCGGUGAGGUGGCUGCGGCACCAGGCCGCGGCCAGCCGCGCCGCCUCCGACGAUCUCUCCUGGUGGCGGGCCCGCAGUAGCUUCGACCGCGUGUUCCUCAUGGGCGACAGCGCGGGCGCCAACAUCGCCUUCCACGUCGCCGCGCGGCUCGGCCAGGGCCAGCUCGGCGCCCUGUCGCCGCUCGCCGUCAAGGGCGCCAUCCUGGUCCAGCCCUUCUUCGGCGGCGUGGCCCGAACCGCGUCCGAGAAGACCAUGCCGCAGCCGCCACGGUCCGCCCUGACACUCCCCAUCUCCGACUGCUAUUGGCACCUGGCGCUUCCUGCCGGCGCCAGCCGCGACCACCCCUGGUGCAACCCGCUGUCCCGUGCCUCGCCGCGCCUGGAGACCCUCCCGCUGCCUCCCCUCCUCGUCUGCAUCUCGGAGAUGGACAUCCUACGCGACCGCAACCUGGAGCUGUGCAGGGCCAUGCGCAAGGCCGGCAAGAGCGUGGAGCAGGCCAUGUACUGCGGCGUCGGGCACGCGUUCCAGGUGCUCCACAACUACCACCUGUCCCAGCCACGGACACAGGAGAUGCUCGUCCACAUCAGGGCCUUCGUCAGCGCCAGGUAGCAGCAGCCAGCGCCCAGCGGUCUUCGUUCGUCGCUAACACUCGCCGGGUUAAUCAAUCCACCCAUCGUAAUCCAUCCAGGGUUGGGCCAGCUGAAGAGUAGAUGCCGUGUAAGCAAGCUUGUGUGCUACUAGUAGUACGUGACUUUGAACUACGUGUACUCCAGUAGAAAGCGUCCAAUACCCAACUCGGAUUGUCGCCGCGGUGUCGGAAAGCAAAAGCUUAGCAGAAAACAAACCAAAAAAAAGAACUAUGUACGACGUGGUCGCGCCAUGUAUGAUUGCUUUUCAUUACUUAACGAAGCCUGAUACUGUUUUUAA